AUGAUUCAUGUUUCAGGGAAGAAUCCACGACCAAUAUGUGUGCCGGUACCCCGAAUUCCAAUCGUUAAAGCGUGCGUUCGAUUUUAUAACAUCUAUUUCCAAGGAAGAAACAUCCACACGUGCGUGAACAUGGAGGGGAAGUUUAGAGAGACCACGAUAUUUAAGGUCGGACUAGAUUGCAUUAGAUUCGGUGCAAACGGCCUGGCUCUGGUAAAGCCGGAGGACGGAGGUGGAUUAGGUCAAAUAGAAUUCUUACCAGGUGACGACGAUGAUGAGGAUGAGGACGAUUAUGAUUACGACGACAAUGACGACGACGACGACGAC